CGUUGUGUCCGUCGCUCACUGUGCUGAUCAGAGGACCGUCAGGAUGUCAUACCUGGACUCUACAGCUCCACCUGCAGCCCAGAGAAGGACGCACACACACACAGCAGACUCUGAUCCCUGAACACCACGGUAAAGCCCAGGAGGUCUCUGGGAUACAAUAUGGCGUCAAACAUCAGCUGUUUCCUGAACACAUGGACAGGGUUCCUUCAGUUAAAGCAGAUCUGAGUAUUCCAGCCCUGCACGAGACAUUUCCUAAGGAGGUCCAGAAGCAGCUGGAGCACCUCCAGGAAGUGAUACAGAGGCAGCGACAGGUCGAGGCUCAGCCACAGGUGAGAGGGCGGUCCUUCGUCAUGACGACCUGCAGGCCGCCGCCCGCUGCCACCAAGUUCCAGACAGCGAGACUCUUCCUGUCCCACCUGGGCCUGCUGACACCUGAGACUCUGAAGGAUCCAGGUACCAGCGGUGUUCCGGCUCAGCUGGUGUCUCUGGACUCAACUCUUCCAGGUUUCUCUGAGGAUCUGAGACGUUUGGACCAGCUGCCGUCCAGAAACUGUGACUCAGCCUUCAUCUUCUACAUGAAAGCAGGACAGAGGACAGCUGCUGAGAUCCUGAGAAACGUGGAGUCCAGCUGCAACAUCCCGUCUCACUUCCUUGACUUCCUGUCAUCUCUCGGUCAGCCGGUGGAGGUGGGGCAACAACAGGUGUGCGGGGUCAGCACCAACAGUUCAGAAUUCUCAGCUGUGCUGGGUGACAGUGGAGGUGGUGUGUUUAAUGGAGAGAGGUUUGUCCUGAUGUAUGCCGACGAUCUGACAGAGAUCGCCUUCAUUGUCCCAUCAUCAUCAUCAUCAUCAAACCACAUCAGGACAGCAUAUGAUUGGAUGAAGAGUCCAGAGGAAGCGGAGCCUCCAACUGAGCCGCCAUAUAAUCUGCAGAGUAAUUCAGAGCUCUGCCAAGACUGCACCCCCCAACCCACAAAUUAUCCAGGUGAAGACAUGAAGUCUUUUCGCUUUGUGUUGUCAUCCAUUGGCUCUGAAUCUAAACUCCUGAUCGUUUGGGUGGAACGCAUUGAGGACAUCG